AUGCGCGGGGCCGUGGGAGCUGCUGCUGCCUGGGUGGGGGGCGCCGCCGCCUCUGCCGGGUUAGGGUUAGGGUUAGGGUUUGGUUGGGUGGGUGGGAGGAUUGGAAAGGGGGUGGGUCGAGCGAGGGACCGAGGGAGUGGGUUUGGUUUCGGGAGGAGAGGUGGCGUUGGCCCGGAUUUGGCGUUGGGCCGGAUUUCGACAACGCCAAGGCGACCGUCGAGUCGCUCUGCCCGGGAGUCGUGUCUUGCGCGCUGGCCGUCCUGGGCGGUCCCUCUAGGCCGCGGUGACGGUCGGGUGUCGCUCACCACCUCGCUGCUUCCCGGCCCGGGGGCGACCUUCGAUCAGCUGAAGCAGGCGUUCCACGCGGUGGGGCUGUCGACCAAGGACCUCGUCGUGCUCUCCGGCGGGCACACGCUGGGGUUCGCGCACUGCUCCUCCUUCGAGUCCCGCAUCCGAGGCUUCCCGGGAGGCGGCGGCGGCGCCGGCGUGGCGGACCCGGCGCUGAGGCCGUCGUUCGCGGCGGCGCUGCGGAGGGCAUGCCCGGCGAACAACACGGCGAAGGGCGCCGGGGCGUGGAUGGACCCGACGUCGGCGGCGUUCGACAACGCCUACUUCAAGAUGCUGCAGACCGGGCGCGGGCUGCUGGCGUCGGACGAGGCGCUGCUGACGCACCCCAAGACGCGGCGGAUGGUGGCGCUCUACGCGGCGUCGCAGGGGAAGUUCUUCCAGGCGUUCGUCAGCUCCAUGCUGAGGAUGAGCGCGCAGAACCAGCCCGGCGAGAUCAGAGCAAACUGCAGGCGACACAACUAG